CAGAGGAGGGCCGGUGCUAGCCGGAUUUACAGAUGAGCUGAGGCCACUCAGCUGAAGCCGGAUGACUGUGGAGCGGCUGGGCCAGGGUGCAAAAUAAAGUGAGGACCUCAGCCCUGCACCCUUGGGCUGGAGAGAGCCCCCAAGCAUCACCCCUCCCAGGCAUCACUACUUCAUCUGGGGACUGGAAGACUCAGAGGACUGGGCCAGGGCCUCGGGCUGUCAGCUGGGAUGCAGCCCUGGGGUUCUAGCUGCCAGUUCCAGGGGUCAGGGCCCUCUGCUAAUGCUCUGCUGUUGCCAACUUGAAAUUCUUAGGUUUUACUUUUUUUUUUUUUUUUUUUUUUUUUUGGCAAGAGGACUUGCAUUUUCAUUUUGCACUGGAUCCCAGAAAUUAUGUAGCCAGUAGUCCCGGGGGGUCUGGGUGACCCGGCACACUCUCCCUCCCAUCCUUGGCUUUCACAGAGGGGCCUGAGACCUGGUGCUUGGUUCACACCACUGCUUUUGUGCCCUGCCUCCCCCUGCCCAGUGCCAGAUGGACCCAGAAGUUUCUGCAGGAAUGGGAGGGGGGAGGAGAGCCCUGAGCUGGCGAAGCAGGGAGCAGGCUGGCAGCGGAGCCACAGCACAGAGCGAGGGGCUCUGAACAGGUGUCAGGCAGAGGUCUGGUGGCUGGCUCGGGGUCUGCUGAAAGCUGUCUUGACCAGGAAACCGAAGACUCUGCUUUUGCCACAGCGGUUCCUGCAGCUGCCUUGAGGUGUGAACCCACAUCCCUGCCCCCAGGGCCACCUACAGGACGCCGACACCUACCCUUCAGCAGACGCCGGAGAGAAAUGAGUAGCAACAAAGAGCAGCGGUCAGCAGUGUUCGUGAUCCUCUUUGCCCUCAUCACCAUCCUCAUCCUCUACAGCUCCAACAGUGCCAAUGAGGUCUUCCAUUAUGGCUCCCUGGGGGGCCGUAGCCGCCGACCUGUCAACCUCAAGAAGUGGAGCAUCACCGACGGCUAUGUCCCCAUUCUUGGCAACAAGACGCUGCCCUCUCGGUGCCACCAGUGUGUGAUUGUCAGCAGCUCCAGCCACCUGCUGGGCACCAAGCUGGGCCCUGAGAUCGAGCGGGCUGAGUGUACAAUCCGCAUGAACGAUGCGCCCACCACUGGCUACUCAGCUGAUGUGGGCAACAAGACCACCUACCGCGUCGUGGCCCAUUCCAGUGUGUUCCGCGUGCUGAGGAGGCCCCAGGAGUUUGUCAACCGGACCCCUGAAACCGUGUUCAUCUUCUGGGGGCCCCCGAGCAAAAUGCAGAAGCCCCAGGGCAGCCUCGUGCGUGUGAUCCAGCGGGCGGGCCUGGUGUUCCCCAACAUGGAAGCAUAUGCCGUCUCUCCCGGCCGCAUGCAGCAAUUUGACGACCUCUUCCGGGGUGAGACGGGCAAGGACAGGGAGAAGUCUCAUUCAUGGUUGAGCACAGGCUGGUUUACCAUGGUGAUUGCGGUGGAGUUGUGUGACCACGUGCACGUAUAUGGCAUGGUCCCCCCGAACUACUGCAGCGGCCCCGCCUCCAGCGCAUGCCCUACCACUACUACGAGCCCAAGGGGCCGGACGAAUGUGUCACCUACAUCCAGAAUGAGCACAGCCGCAAGGGCAACCACCACCGCUUUAUCACCGAGAAAAGGGUCUUCUCGUCUUGGGCCCAGCUGUAUGGCAUCACCUUCUCCCACCCCUCCUGGACCUAAGCCACCCAGCCUGUGGGACCUCAGGAGGGUCGGAGGAGAAGCAGCCUCCGCCCAGCCGCUGGGAUAGGGACCACCUUCUGGUCAAUCAAAGCUCGCCCGAGUGUCUCCCAGCCAAUCAGGGCCUUGAGGAGGAUGUAUCCUCCAGCCAAUCAGGACCUGGGGCAUCUGUUGGCCAAUCAGGGAUUUGGAAGUCUAUGUGAUUAAUCAGGGGUGUCUUUCUUGUGCAGUCAGGGUCUGCGCACAGUCAAUCAGGGUAGAGGGGUAUUUCUGAGUCGAUCUGAGGCUAAGGACAUAUCCUUCCCCAUGAGGCCUUGGUUCAGAGCCCCGGGAAUGGACCCCCCAGUCACUCCCCACUCUGCUGGGAUAAUGAGGUCCUGUCCCAAGGAGCUGGGAACUUGGUGGUGUCCCCUCAAAUUUCUAGCACCAGAAAGAGAGAUUGUGUGGGGGUAGAAGCUGUCUGGAGGCCUGGCCAGAGAAUUUUUGGGGUUGUGGAGGUUGUGGGGGCGGUGGGGAGGUCCCAGAGGUGGGAGGCUGGCAUCCAGGUCUUGGCUCUGCCCUGAGCAACCUUGGACAAACCCUUCCCCCUCUGUGGGCACCCUUCUGCCCACGCCAGUUUCCAGUGCGGAGUCUGAGACCCUUGCCACCUCCCCUACAAGUGCCCUCGGGUCUGCCCUCCCCGUCUGGACCCCCCCCAGCCACUAUCCCUUGCUGGGAGGCUCAGCUCUUUGGGGGGUCUGGGGUGACCUCCCCACCUCCUGGAAAACUUUAGGGUAUUUUUGUGCAAACUCCUCUAGGAUUGGGGGACUCUGAAGGGAAUGGGACAAACCUUAAGCUGUUUUCUUAGCCCCUCAGCCAGCUGCCAUUAGCUUGGCUCUUUAAGGGCCAGGACUGCUUUUCUGCCCUCUAGCAGGGAGGUUUUCCGACUGUUGGAGGUGCCUUUGGGGCUGCUCCUUUGUCUGGAGCCACUGGGGGCUUCUGAGGGUCUCCCCCGACCCCCUGUCAUCCUGGGAUGACUGCCGGGAGCUGUGUCUCCUGGUUCUGUCCCCUGGCUCUGUUAUCAGGCACUUUAUUAAAGCUGGGCCUCAGUGGGUUGUGUUUGUUUCUUGUUCUUCUGGAGCCUGGAAGGGAAGGGCUUCAGGAGGAGGCUGUGAGGCCGGGGGACCAGAUGGAGGAGGCCAGCGGCUAGCCAUUGCACACUGGGGUGAUGGGUGGGGGCGGCGACUGCCUCAGACUUGGUUUUGUAAUGAUUUGUACAGGAAUAAACACACCUACACUCCGG